GAUGAAGACCACAUUCUACAUAAGUUUGCUACUAGCUGGGCUUCAUGCUGUUACCUAUGGUCAGCUCUCACCCAGCUAUCACAAUGGACAUGAUCCAAAGGAACCUAAAUAUCACAUGCAUCAUGAAAGUGUGGCAACUGCUUGCCUCAAACUAGUGCCAAACAAUGCUGACUUUGCAUUUCGUUUUUUUAAAGAAGUUACGCUGGAGGCACCCAAUAAGAACAUUUUCUUCUCUCCUGUAAGCAUCUCCACUGCAUUUGCUAUGCUGGCCCUAGGGGCUCGCUCAACCACUCAGACUCAAAUCCUGGAAGGACUCGCCUUCAACCUUACAGAGAUUCAGGAGAAAGAGAUACAUGAGGGCUUCCACAACCUCAUCCACAUGCUGAGUCAUCCUGAGAAUGGAGUCCAGCUCAACAUGGGCAAUGCCAUCUUUGUAACAGAGAAACUGAAACCUCUGAAAAAGUUUUUAGAUGAUGCCGAAGCUCUGUAUCAGCUGGAGGCUUUUACCACUGACUUUAGCAAUCCCACAGAGGCUGAGAAACAGAUCAAUGAUUACAUAGAGACAAAAACACAUGGAAAAAAUACUAAUUUGGUCAAGGACAUGGAUCCACAGACUGUAAUGCUUCUGGCUAGCUUUGUUUUCUUCAAAGGCAACUGGGAAAAGCCUUUUAAACCAGAGCAUACAGAAGAAAGGGAGUUCUUUGUGGAUGAUGAAACUACUGUGAAAGUCCCUAUGAUGUACCAGACAGGCAGAUUUGACUUCCAUUUCGAUGAGGAGCUGUCAUGCACUGUGGUGCGGCUUCAUUACAAUGGGAGUGCUACUGCAUUUCUGGUUCUGCCAGCAAAGGGGAGAAUGAAGCAGUUGGAGCAAACUCUGGUCAAAGAAAUCAUCCAGGAAUGGUCAGACCAUCUCUUCCAGAGGCUGGUGAGGCUCUAUUUUCCCAAAUUUUCUAUUUCUGGGAGCUAUGAAAUAACAAACACCCUUAGCAAGAUGGGAAUUGUGGAUGUGUUCACUGACCAGGCAGAUCUCUCUGGCAUCACCGGCACUCCAGACCUGAAGGUUUCUAAAGUCGUUCAUAAGGCUUCUCUAGAUGUUGACGAGAGAGGUACGGAGGCAGCAGCAGCAACUGCUGUUGAAAUAAUGCCUAUGUCUCUUCCUCCAACCAUUGAAUUCAAUCAUCCCUUCCUCAUGCUGAUUUUCGACAGAGAUACAAACAGCACACUCUUCAUAGGAAAAAUAGUUAACCCAACUAUCACUAGCUGAAGUGACAUAGGAGUUCUGCUUGCUAUUACUGAUUAAAGAAGAUGUGAAACUGCAUGAUGUGAUUUAUUUCCAUUUGUACCGGCUUAGUAUAGGGUUCUU